AUGAUGAGCACCUCCACAUCUGGGAUCUUGCCAACUGUCAGCUCGUCCAGCGCAUUUCCUACAUGUCGCCUCCAGCCAUGCAUGGAUAAUCUCUUGCAAAACGAUCUUGUAGGUAACGUCCUGUGGGAAGAAACUGAUCUCCCCGCCACCACUUCUUCUCUCAUGGAUCACAUCAUCCCAAAAUCGAGUAUCCGCAGACCAGUUAUUGAGAACAUUACUUACGCGACUGGAGUGCUGAUAUUCGUCGAUCACAAGUGGCAACUCGAUAAACAUCAGAACAAGCAGAUGCUGAAACAGAAACAGAAGCAGGCGCCGGACGACACUGAUUCAGAUACAGAGGAGUUGGGGACAGAUUGUGAAGGUUCCUCUGUGUCAGGGCAGGAAGGUUCCUCCGCGUCAGCCGCGCCUGACGCCAGUGAUCAGGGCUGGGACUCUCAAGAAUAUGACCCUAACCAACCAAACAGAAAGCCGACCCCGAAGCAGACACCAGAGCAAAAAUGGGUGUGUCUCUUCAAUACUGUCUAUACGGCCAUGCGCAUGACAUAUAGGGCAAUGUUCCCUCAUCACUCGCCCAUGUACCCUUUUGAACCUGCAGAUCACAAACGCCCGCAUCAGCAAUGGUCACCGGAGUUUUGCAAUGCUCCCAUUCCAGACGUGACCAACAUCCAGAAGCCUGAUGUAGUCCUUCUUGAUCGUGACGUUCAACCGAAAAGCUGGGCACACGUCCUCACAUGCAUUGAGAUCACUGAAUCUGAUCUUGGCACAAACCAUGACAUACCGUUGUUCAAGGGGGUUAUCACCAAAGGUUAUCUCAUGAUGCGAGAACAGCCCUGGCGUCGGUUCAUCAUGCUAUUUAGUCUGGCAGCAAACCAUCUUCGCGCCCAUUACAUGGACCACUCAGGCCUGAUCAUCACACGUCCCAUCCUAAUCACCGCAAACCCAAUGCGUCUUGUCGACAUGUUAAACACCAUGUCACUGGGGAACAAUAAAUCCCAUGGCAUGGAUCCCACCAUACACAUGUGCAACAAGUCCUGCAAGCAAACACAAUGCGAAGUGGGGGACCAGGCGAUCGGCUGGAUAGAGGACAAGGAGAAGCAGAAAUUAUUGAUCAUCGCUAUUUUGUGGAGAAGCCAGGGUCUUUUCUCUCACGGGACUAUUUGCUAUCACGUUUGGGAUAAGGAUGGCGUUGAAUAUGCACUAAAGGAUUGUUGGGUGGAUGAGGCAAAGAAAGAUCAUGAAGAAAAGGUUCUUGAGAUGGUCCGGGGCAUUCCUAAUGUAGUUACUCUCAUUGCCACUUGGGAUGUUGAGUACGAGGGAGAGCCCGACUCUACAUUGCGCAUCCAUAACCGCCACAGGAAAUUCAGUCCUGAAUUUCGCUGUAAAUAUCACCAACGCAUGCUUUUGACCCCUUGUGGAGAGCCGCUGUCGACAUUUUCAACUAAACGAGAGCUAAUAAGCGCUUUUCGAGACCUCGUAGUCACGCACAAGGCAAUGACCGAGAGGAAAGUCCUACACAGAGACCUUAGUCCCAACAACUUGAUCAUCUAUAAAGGAUGUGGCUUCUUCAUCGAUUUUGACCACGCCCAGAUCAUCGUGCAAUGCAAUAUUAGUGUUCGUGCAUGGGGUACCAUAAGUUCAAGUUCGAAGGGCACCUCGCCGUACAUGUCUAUCUGCCUUCUCCGUUAUCUCCAUUCAGCAUCUAAACUGACAGAUAAGGAUCUUGUCAUGAUGGGACAGACUGCCAGCGAUGAUCUCGAGUCUCUUUUCUACAUUUUUGUCGAAUUUGUGACUACAUAUGACGGGCUGCAUGGUAAGAUAAUAUACCCGAAGACAGAACAGUGGGCCGAUCUAUUGGAGGACAUAGGCUCCAGGGCUGUUUCGUACAAGUCGGGGCUAUUACUCGUAAAGCGCGACGAGGAGUUGAUGAACUGUACAAUGGCUUACUUUGGCCAACUCAAGUAUCUCGUUCAGGAGUGGCACCUCAAAUUUCUUCAGGCAGUUGAAGAAAGUUGCGAGAGUGGCAUUCAUCACAAGGAUAUCGAGGAGGGUCCUCGUGAAAUGGAUAUAUCAUGA